GAAAAGGAACAGAGAUCAGAUCACCGUCAUGUGGAUGGCUUCUCUCACCCAUCCAACUCACCUGAUCCCAAUGCCCCCAUCUCCUUCCUCCCUCCCUCCCCUAUAUCCAUCCUUCUAUUCUUCUUCACCUCUUCCUCUUAAACCUCUCCCUUUCUUCCAAUUCCAAUCCAACCUAAUCUAUUAGUAGUAGGAGUAGGAGUAGUGGCAACAAGAAGGUCCAUGGCGGCCGCCACCGUCAGCGGCAUCCACCUGCACGAUCUGCCGGAAUCAAUCCUGACAAACAUCUUCUUGCUGGUGAGCGACGUGCGCAGCCGCAACGCCAUGGCGUUGGCCUGCCGCCGGUGGCGAUCCUUGGAGCGGGCCACGCGCACCUCCCUCGAUCUCCGUGGCCACGUCCGCGCCCCUUUCCUCCUCCCCACGUGCUUCCCCGCCGUCGCUCACCUCGAUCUCUCCCUCCUCUCCCCCUGGGGCCACCACCCCUUCCUCCACCACCAGCAACCGCCGCAGCACUACCACCACCACCACCUCCUCUCCGAGCAGGCCGCCCUCGUCGCCGCCCGCCUCGCUCAGGCCUUCCCCUGCGUCUCCUCCCUCGCCAUCUACGCCCGCGACCCGUCCGUGCUCGCCGCCCUCGCGCCGCUCUGGCCGGACCUCCGCGCCGCCCGCCUCGUCCGCUGGCACCAGCGGCCCGCCAACCUCCCCCUCGGCGGCGACCUCGCUCCGCUGCUCGCCGCCUGCCCCGGCCUCGCCGCUCUCGACCUUUCCCAGUUCUACUGCUGGACCGAGGACGUCCCCCAAGCCCUUCAGGACCACCCCACCGCCGCCUCGUCCCUCGUCCACCUCGACCUCCUCUGCCCCGCCUCGACCGAGGGCUUUGGCUCGUCCGAGCUCGCCGCCAUCGCCGGCGCCUGCCCCAAGCUCACCCACCUCCUUGCCCCCUGCGUGUUCAACCCCCGGUGCAUCGAGUUCGUCAGCAACCACACCCUUCUCACGCUGGCCAUCGGCUGCCCUCGCCUCGCCCUCCUCCACCUCGUCGAUCCCGCCACCCUCUCCUCCGCCCGCAUCGACUCCGAAGCGAAGGAAGCCGCUGCGAUUACCGGGCGGGGCCUCGAGGGGCUCUUCGCCGGGCUUCCGCAGCUGGAAGACCUCGCGCUCGAUAUAUGCCACAACGUCAGAGAUGCCGGGCCUUCAUUGGAGGCCUUGAGCCACAAAUGCCCCAAGAUCAAGUCGCUCAAGCUCGGGCAGUUCCACGGCGUCUGCAAAGGCGCUUGGCUGCACCUGGACGGCGUCGCCGUCUGCGGCCGGCUGGAGUCGCUAUGCAUCAAGAAAUCCGCGGAUCUGACGGACUCUAGCCUUGUCACCAUCGCUCGCGGUUGCAGCAGGCUAUCCAAGUUAGAAAUCCAUGGAUGCAACAAGGUCACGGAAAUGGGGAUCAGGAAGCUCUCGAGCAUGCUCCGGUUCACGCUGGUCGACAUUGCCAUUUCUGGCUGCCAGCUUCUCGACGCCACAAGAUCGCUGCGUGCUGUAGAGCCGAUCCGCGACCGCGUCGAGCGCCUUCACAUCGACUGCAUCUGGGCGAACCCCGAGCUGGAUCAGCUACCCCAGACGCCGGAGAAGACGACUGACGACUCGGACGUCGACCAAGUGGAUGAGGAAACGCCUGACGGAUCAAGAAACAAGAAAUGUAGGUACUCGGACGGCACUCAUGACGACAUCGAGAACCGCUGCUUCUGGUUUCGGACAUGGACGAGGCUCCGCUGCCUCUCGCUUUGGAUACCCGCAGGAGAAGUGCUAACGCCGCUGGGGGAUGCGGGGCUGGAGAGCUGCCCGCAACUGGAAGACAUCUGCAUCAAGGUGGAGGGCGACUGCCGGAUGUGCCCGAGGCCGAGGCAGAGAGUCUUCGGGUUAAGCUUUCUUGCCCGCUAUCCGCGCCUUGCCAAGAUGAAGCUGGACUGCGGCGAGGCGUUCGGGUACGCGCUGACGGCGCCGACGGGCCACAUGGAUCUGAGCUUGUGGGAGAGGUUUUACCUCCACGGAAUCGGUGACCUGGGCCUUUACGAGCUCGACUACUGGCCGCCGCAGGACAAGGAGGUGAACCAGAGAAGCCUGUCGCUUCCGGCGACUGGACUGAUCCAGGGCUGCCUUAGCUUGAGGAAGCUGUUCAUCCAUGGCACCACCCACGAGCACUUCAUGCGGUUCUUUCUCGGGAUGCCGGGCCUGAGGGAUGUGCAGCUCAGGGAAGACUACUAUCCGGCACCGGAGAAUGACAUGAGCACAGAGAUGAGAGUCGACUCCUGCAGUCGCUUCGAGGAGACCUUGAACAGCCGUUUAAUUCCUGAUUGAUUCUAUAACAAGAAUGCAUCUGUUCCAUUCCAGAGAGAGAGAGAGAGAGAGAAACAUGAUCGAAGGCAUAAACGAUGAGGCGAUGUAGUGUUGAGGUUGAUGAGAGGUUUGAAUAUAUUUUGUAUGUGACAUAUACUUUAUGAGGGAUCUUUGUUUAGCAACAUUACAAAUCUCGACAUAUUGGAUUGAUACAGUUUGAUUAGCCUA